AUGGAUGAAAUGUUGGAAAUGUUCAACUCCUUCAUAGGGGAAGCUUUCGAUCGGGAAAAGGCAAUGGCUGUUGAAUUCACGGAAUUCGAAAAGAGACUUAAUGAAUGCGUUUCACUGGCCAACGAGCGGGGUACGCCGGUCCAGAACAAGAAGCGUCCAAAAAGACAGGUCUCCAUAUCGGAAAGGGAUGAGGAAGUUCCAGGUAGUAGUGCGACGCACGAAGCAGCAUUGAAUAGCGGGCAUGAAUCGCAACAAUCAGGAAAGCAAUCGUCUGCGCCUGAUCGCACCGCUAACCCGCCGCCUCGGUCAUCCGCCCGCAUGUUAGACGUUACUGGCAAAGUUCGGGAUGAUCAGGCUCCUCAGCUCAUGGAAACUAGUAGCGAAUCGAAUGAAAAUACCAUUCGCCCUUCUAGGACGGCCCGGUUAAAGGCACAGGAAAAACUGAAAGAACCUACAUUGAAUGCCAAGAUGCGUAACGAUGGUGGAACGACCGUAAACAUAAAGAUUGAACGAAGCUCGACCGUCGCCAAUAGCACGCUUGUGCGUGGAGGAAAAGAUAAAACAACGCAGCAACAAACAUACGAGGAGAUGGAAACGGAGAAUGAUGCGAACCAGGCAAACAGAAUAAUUACACCGGUGGCAGACAAACGCAACGAUGAAGGUUUCUCGAGUGCGACUGAAGCACCAAAGCAGGAGAAUGAUAAGCCGCCAGUAGCUGCUCGCGAAAUGUCGCUAAUGGUCAUUCCUCCUGUGGUACCCAAGGUGGAGAUUCUUUCCGACGAGGAGAUGCCUCCACCAAGUAUGCCACCACCGAAGGUGCCUCUACCCAAGGUACGCACGAAAAAGAAGCAAGCCGCUGGGGCGAAGAAUAAGAAAGAUGCUAACGACACAGCGUCCAGUUCGGCCGUUUCGUCGGCUGACUCGACAAUGAACAGCACGAGCAGUACGGUUAGCAGCAACGCAAGCACUAGCACUAGUGGUCGUCCGAGCCGAUUGAAAUCAAAAACGGCGGUGAAACAGCCAGCUGUAACGACCCCAACGGAUAAGGAGCUGAACGUGAUGAUUGAACCGAUACGGAUCAAAACUGAGAAACUUUCGAUCGAACAGCAGUCCACUAACAGGGCGUCCGAUAAGUCGACCUAUGAAGAUGCACGCGAACAACCAAAUCAGGAUCAAGCGGAACGCAUACAGCUAGAGAAGCAAAUGCGUCCACUACACAUUGCGCUGGUUAAGAUGCCUCUGCAAGCAGCGUCCCAUCCGAGCUCAAAGGGUGGCCAAUGCGACCUAAAUGGAACGUACACUCAACCUAUGCCUGCCGAUGGUACGUUCAUUACACCGCCAGCGGUUCAGGAUGGCACAUUUACGGUAAAUUCACCAAUGGAAAAUGCACCGGGUGAACAGCGAUGCAACGAAACGUUUAAUAUUCCUGCCGACGAAGGCACUCCAUCCGGUCAGGCGGAAAAUCGUCCGAACGAUACGUUUGUGAUUGAGAAGCAUGGAUUAUCGAACGGACAGCGCCUGCCGAAUGUUGGUGAUAUAGUGGCGGCUAACGCGAGCAUUAUGACCGAGGACGAAUCGGUUAUAGAGAACUCACCGGUUCAGAUGCAACAUUUGCCGGAACAGCCGAAAUCUAAAGCAACACCCUUCAGUCACAAGGUGGGCCCACCGAUAACAGGUGCAAAGCCGAAGAAUGUUUCCAUUCUAAAAAAGUCUGUCAGCAAUGCGAAGAAAAAUAAGGAACUCUUCAACCCCUGCGUGAUGAGCCCGAUCAAGAGUCGCAUCGAGGCAUUUGAAAAGUGCGCUACCACUUCGUCGAAGAUUGGUACACCGCAGGCCCAGAUUGGACGUCUCAUGAAAACGGCCAGCACACCGACAAUCGGUACGGAAAUGCAUGGACUGGUACGGUCGGCCCAUGCCAAACCGCUUGCCUCAUCCGCUUACACCCCGAACUGUGCCUCACAACCCGUACCGAAAGCAUCAUCAGCCUCCAAGGUAGCUCAGAUGCAGAGUAGAGCCUUACAGCACACCACCCGUAGCCAAUCGCGUGACUCUAGCUGGGACCGUGCCGCGGCCGGUGGCAGUGGAACUCUUUCGGCGGCCUCAUCCACCUCAUCUCUGCUGGACGAGAAAAAGAAGAAGCGCGAAGAAAAGCAACGUUUGGCGGCCGCGCAGCGGGAAGCGAUGGAGCGCGAGAAGCGCGAACAUGCGGAACGGUUGGUGCGCGAAAAGGAGGAAAAGUAUCGGAAGCUCGUUCACGAAAAGCAGGAAAAGAUACGUAUCGAUGCGCAGAAGAAGGCACGCAAGCUGGAGGAGUUUGAGAAGCGGCGUCUGAUGGAGGAACAGAAGACACUUGCCGAUCAGAAGCGGGAUGAGUUAGCCAAACAGUUAGCCGAACAGCAAAGAAUCGAUCGGGAGCUGUUGGAGACGUUGAAACAAAGUCAGGCUAAGGAGAACCACGAAGUGAAACUGCACAAACAGCUGUAUCAGCAGAAGCUGCGUCAGCAGCACCAGCAGCAGGCGGCAAAGAAAAAAUUGGCUGCCGCCCAAACGGAAGUGUUUACGUUCGACAUGAUAGACACGGAUGACACCACGGAUGACGAUGUUGCCGAAGAUCCAAGCGCACCCCGUAAGAAAAAGCGUCCACCACCGCCGGAAUGGUGCCAGAAGUCAUCCAAUUUCCAGCACAGACUUACGAUCCAGGCCCGCAUCGAUACGAAGGUGAUCGACAGUCUGUUUUCCGUGCAACCGAUGACGCCCGAUCUGCGUGUGCUGUUCCCUUCCAUCGAUGCACAAAAGCUGAAGCGAAACUCGAGUGCAAUUUGGCGCACACCGCCACGCCACUCGCAGCUUCCGUGA